CCCCACCCACAAAAAUCGAAAUUUCCCCACUUCACUCUCUCUAGCUUUUUGAUUCCCCAAGCCCCCAAAUGGCCGCUCCGCCGCCGGUGCUCACCCUGGCGGUGGAGAAGGGUCCGCGCAAGGGAGAGGUCUGCCAGUGCAGCGCGGGAUCCGUGCUCCGUGUCGGGCGCGUCGUCAAAGGCAACCACUUCGCCGUGCGCGACAAGGGCGCGUCGCAGCAACACCUCUCCAUCGAGUUCCUCCCGCCGCCCGCCGCCGGGUGGGUCGUCUCCGAUCUUGGAUCCUCCAACGGAUCCUUCCUCAACGACGCGACCCUCGCGCCCUUUGUUCCCACCCCUCUUUCACAUGGGAACAUUAUCAAGAUCGGCGAGUCCACCGUGCUCGCUGUGUCCAUCUCCUCCCAUUUGGAUCUGGACGCCGCCACCGCUGCCGACCCCGGAUCUGGGCGCUCCUCGCGCUAUGCGGCUGAGACGGCGGCGGUGGAGGAGGAGAAGCCCCCUGCGGCAACCCGCCGGGGCACACGGAAGAAGGCCGCGGUGGCGGUGAUCCCCGAAGUGGAGAAUGAAGUGCCGGAUGCGGCGGUAGUGGUAGUGGAGGAGGAAAAGCCCCGCCGGGGCGGCCGUAGGAAGGUGGCUGCAGCGGUGCCCCCUGAAAAGACGGAAGAGGGGGACAAGGAGGCCCCGGUGGCGAGGCGCCGUGGUGGACGGAAGAAGGCCGCUGAACCCUCUGAACCGGAGAAGGAGGAGGCGCCGCUGGCACCGCGUCUUCGCGGGCGGAAGAAGGCCACAACAGCUGCUGAGUCGGAGAAAGGAGAUGAGGAGGAGGAGGAAGCCCUGGUGGUGACGCGGAAGGAGGACACGGAGCCCCCUGAACUGGAGAAGGAAGAAGAUGUGGAGGCCCAGAUGAUUACACGCCGUGGGAGGAGGAAGAAUGCUCCGACAGUCACCCUUCCGCCAGAGCCUCCCAAGACGGGGUCCAGGGGUGGCCAGGGAAGGUUUACAAGAGCGGCUAGUACAAAGAAGGCCGUUCUAGAGGACGAGGAAGGAGAGGAAGAGGAGGAACAUGAGGUGGCUGCGCCAAGAGAUCAGCCUGGCAAUCUGUCGAUUUCGACAGCAGUAAAGGAUGGUGAGGAGGAGGAGGAGAAGGGGGAUACUGGGGAUGAAGAAAUCGAGGUGGCUGCAAAGGCAUUGGAGGAGGAAGUCCCCAAGGGGAGGGCUUCUGCUCAGUGCGCUGCUUCUGACAAUGAGGGUGAUGUGGAAAGGGGUGUUGGAGAAGAGGAAGAUGAUGGCAAUGAGGGUGAUGGGGAAAGCGGUGGUGGAGAAGAGGAAGAUGAUGGCAAUGGGGAUUUGGUUGGCAGUACAGGAGAGGUAGGAGAUGGGGCGAAGGUGGAGGAAUGUGCUGUUAGAAGCAGUCUUGAGACCAUGACAUUGCGGGAGUGGUUUGACCGGAUGGAAAAGUACCUCCCAAGGAUGAUCAACGAGGCUGCUAAUCAGGCGAUCGCGGAGUUGGAGGAACAACGAAAGCGAGUGCAUGAGUACAUUUCGGCGCUCAGUAAGAGCUCCGACCCUUCCUGAAAAUCAUGCCUUAGAUGCUGGAGAUUGACUAUAAGCUGGAGUUGCUCCUGAGGUUUUUCCUUGCUGUCGGCAGCAGCGGUGAGCGUAGGGGCAGCGGCUGUGGUCGCCCGAGGAGCACAGCCGCACGGGGGCUGGUCCUGCCGCCGCCAAAGUAGAGCAGAGGAGGUCGGUGCAGGGUCAUGAGCGAUGGUCAUGCCGCACGGGGGCGCGAUGGGGCUGUCUGGGGAGCGCGCGGCGUCCAGCGAGAGAAAGCUUCCUAUGCACCCCUCACACUUGUUCGUCCUUGGAUGAGCCCUCCUCUCUUCCCCCUCCUUCGCCCUCUUCUCUUCCUAACUGCUCCUCCUCCUAUGAUCUCUCCAUUUUUAGUUUCUCUUUAUCCUCCAUUUUUAGCUUCUCUUUAUGCUUUGAUUUGUUGUAUAGGACCAAUGAAACUUGAAAGAAUGGUCGAUUGUGUAGGAUCAAUAAACUUUAAAGAGCAGUGGAAGAAAAGAAAGGAUGAUGUUUUGGGUGUGUACAUAUGUAUAGCAUUCACAUUUUCAGAUGAUUGUGAAGCUUAUGGAAGAAGCAUAUCUGAAUGCUUGCGUCGAGCAUUUCUCGCUCUAAA